ACAGCUGACAGCUGUUGGUAGAAGGGCGCAAAAAUCGUUGAAAUCAAAACAAAAAGUUUGUGUGAGCCCCUUUUUUGUCACCAACGACGCGAUGAAUAUUCCCAGCUAUAGACCGAAUUAUUACAGCUUGGACGAUAUAACAGUCACCCAGGAGCGGAUACCAUGCCGGACUACGCAGGAUCUUUACAUGAUGGGAUUUUUGGAUGCCUCGGAAAAGUCGCCCAACCUAAGCAAUAACCAUACGCUAGAGCUUCCACUUUGGGCCGUGCUACAGCAAGAUGAGAGAAAUCCACACUUUGAAGCACAGAUCCCGGACAUUUAUAGCGCGGCGUACAAGGAAAUCUACAAAGCCGAUGCCAAUUACGUAGAGCUAGGUGCGCUGUGUAAAUUUUACUACGAGCUAGGCAUGUACCUAACACGCUACGAUGGAACCAACAGUGUGGCGGAGAUGUUGCACGUCACGGCUCAGGAGCGAAUGAAAGGACUGAAGGACCUGUGUCAGAACGUUGGCAACGAAAGUCUGAAUGUGAGCAGUAAGUUCGAAUUUAGCGAGCGAUUGCUGUACAACGAAGGUUGCAAAACGAACAAAAUGUUCGACGAUUGGCUCCAGGAACGGCAGGUUCACAUCAAAUCGACCGAGAUUGCCGUCAACUUACGCAAACGCAAGCGAAGCCCGGACGGGGAAACACAGGAAGAACAAUAAAUCGAUCGAGAAGCACACUUUACUGCAGCAAAUUUGAAAAA